GGCCGCCGCGGACUCGCGCAGCGGCUCUCCCAUCAUAGCACAAGGCCCGCCGGGCCUGGCGGGCACCCCAUGGGUGCGCGCGCCGGCUGCCCCCCGCCGCAUCUGGCCAUGGAACAAUGCUACCAUUACGGCACGCCCGUGCCGACGAUCACGCCGUCGCCCAUGCGCGCCUGGUCGAGCCUCGAGGACGAGCGCCUGGCCUGGCUCGUCGAGACGCGCCAGCCCGAGCAGCUGUUUCGGGAAGCGCUGCCGGGCCGGAGCGACGCCGAGUGCCGCGACCGCUGGGCGCGCGUCGUCCACCCCCUGCGGGACUACAAGGCCAAGGACGUCGCGGCUCUACUCAGUAAGCAGGUCAAGGUCGUCGCCGGCCUGACCUGCGAGAUCAAUAGACUGAGAACUAGGCUCGACGAGUACGCCGGCGUGGCGGCGGCGGCGGCGGCGCCGCCGCCGGCGCCGGGGCCGGAGGACGUCGCUCCGACGAGCGAGGAGGACGACGAGCCGCCCUGGUCCUGGUCGUCGCCGCCGCCGCCGCCCUCGCCGGGUCUAUUUGAGCGGGCCGGCCUGCUGAAGACGCCGCCCGACCUGACGCGCGACCUGCCCGGCGGCUCGCCCUUCACGUUCCCCGUCGGCCUCGAUGGUCAAAACGGCCUCUGAUGACGGCGCCCCACGUUGCUUCCCAAUCGUCAAUAUAAUCGUUGUUGUUAUCAA